UCUCGCAAACAUUCAUGUCAUAUCCGAAGUGUAUCACAUACGAGCUUUCACCCGGGUGCCCUUCAGGCUUGACAUCAUGCGAAGAGUUUGUCAAACGAGGACGUUUAGCUGGUUCCUCUUUGUCGACGGAAUCUUCUGCCGGAUGCUUUCGGGUACCCAGGGCACUUGACGGCUCACGCAUGCGAUUCGGGAUUGGUGGAAGAGCUCGGACUCGACAUAGCUUAUGGUUAAAUCUAGAGAAAUGUCGUUGAGCUCGAUGCGUAGUGAAAUGAAUGAGGAUUGGAUUGUCUCACCUCUUUCGCCUUGUUUCCUUGUUCUCUACAGUCCGUGCCACAUCCCGGAAUUUACCGACUACAUCAAACUGCAUUUCUGUUGAAUCGAGGACGUUUCCUAGUUUUCUGUCGAACGAGAAUGGUUGUAAUGUAAUCUUUCAACGGCACCUGUUUUCUAAUGGCCCGCACUCUCAUUUCCUGUGAUUAUACCUGAAUAACAAAGAAACCAAUUCACGGACUAGCGGUCAUCAUCGUCCAGACUCUAACGUCCUCAAAGCCUUUUUAUGGUGAACUCUUGGGAGGAAAGGGUGUUACGAACUUCAAGGCUUCGCUCUCUCAUAGGUCACCCGCGCCGUACUGCGGCCAUGCAACGUAACUGGUUACGCUGGUCUAAGCUUUCGUGAUAUCGAUAUUGAAUUGAUGAGAAGUGACUCAAAUCUCCUAGGCUUUGACCUGCUUUGACCUCGCUUUGGCUUCGGCCGCGAAGCCAAGUAUUCACAUAUGGCAACCUUGUGAUGAACUUCGGCGGGUAUCAUAAUCUGUGGCCUUGCAUUGGCAUCGGUUUUAUUCGCCUUAUCAAAGGCAGACUCACUCAUCCCUCCCGUCCGUAACGUGCGUCCGGAUGUGUGCUAGCCAAUCUUCAAACCUUGCAACCUGUACAUGACAUGUAGGAUCAGGGCACCGUAUUAAAGAAUGGGUACCAUCCGGAUACUGUGAACAAUGUCAGCGAUAAGUAUUUGGUAUUCUGACUUCAUAUUCAUGAAUAGGUUGCUUACCAUUCGUACGUAUUCGGACAUUGUGGACGGCGAGGUUGAUCGAGUGAAACUGAGGCUGAAGAGCACAGGUGGAGCUGGCGUGUUGAUUAUUUUGGUCAAGAUUUGUACAAGCUAUUUAUGCAUUUUGAGUGAGGUCAAUGCAUUGGAGUGUGUACUAUUCAUUGCCUUGCCCUUAAUAUAAUUUCCAGCGCUGCUUGCCCGUGGAUGGGGUGCGACCGCACUUAUCAACGUCAACAUGGGCUCUACGAACACGUCAAAUCGCACAUCGGGUUUAACGAUUGCAUCUGUCCGCAUUUAAUUGAUUCGCGGCCGGGAAAUAGAGUGCGCUGCACCUACAACGAUUGUUAUUCCCGUAUCCUUGGAAAACACAGGCGCACGGAUCAUGGUUACGACAAGGCCUCCGGGUUCUCCGUCGAUCCUUACGUUGAUGACUUCUCUCAGAGUCUUGCGAGCGCUGUGCUCUCAGGUGGCAAUCUUGAGUGGGCUCAAGACCGGGAGCGAGGUGGCCACGGUGACCAUAGACCUGAGGAUAUUAAGGCUGAACCGGAGGACCUGGAUGUUCCAGAACCCGGUAUUGGUGUUGAGGGAGAUGGAGCACCAGUUGCAGCUAUGCCGAUGAAUGGACCCGGUAUCCCUGGACCUGCUGGACCCAUGCACAACAUGUUCGGCCAGAACCUUCCCGAUGAAAACGCUAACCCCUGGAUGCCAUAUCCUCCGCAGCGAGGUCAAAUUUAUAGGGUUCGCCGCAGAAGCAUUAUUACCUACACUCCUCGUGUUUUCUGGCAACUUGAAUUUAUCGCGCAAGACUUCGGAAUGUACCGUCGCAUAGUUCGCAACAUCGAGCAUCGAGAGGUUGUGUACGAAAUUGCUCCUGUAGUAUUCUAACAGAAUGUUCAGCAAGUCUUCUAGCGGCGUCAUAGGAUAUUUGCUUCCACCUAGGUUCCGAUGGACUUUGACUGCCUAGUCUCUCUUUUUUCAUUUCUCUGAUACCCCGUUUCUUCUCAGAAAUCUGUACAGUAUGGCGCUCCUUUACAUUGUCCAUACCAUAUUAGAAGUAUGGCUAUCUCGAUAUCUAUCAAGCAACAAUUUGUGACAAAUAUUCUACGUCGAGGCUGGGUGGUCUGUUGCUUGCUCCAUGUUUGCUCUAAUUCCUCAGCCGCACCUUUUCUAUCUCCCGCACCCUCAAAGGUCUCAAUUUUUUUUUGCAGUGAUCAUAUCCGAAUAACGAACAAAACCAAUUCACGAAC